AUGCAUGAUGUCGGUAAGCCGGUGUUUCAUGCACAUUCGAAUACGUAUUUUGGAGCUUGGAUGCGUGAUGCUUAUCCACGCACUGGACAGGAUAUGAUGAAACGCUGGAUGACCAAGCACUUUCAAGGCGAUGCAGUUGAGGAGUAUUUGGAUGAGGGUGAUAUGCGACGGCAGCGUAUUUUCGUAACACAUCAUUUGCCGCAUCUGUACGAUGGCACAAAUUUGGUCUUUUUCAACGGUUCAUUGUAUUUCCAUCGAGCUGGCACACCAAAAAUUGGCAAAUAUGAGCUAUUUUCCAAACGAUACAAUGAAGUGCUGAUUGAUGAACAUGCUGCACACAAGGGAACUGAUGUGAGUUGA